CCCCGUUAUGUCCUUCAACAAGAUCCCGCCGCGGUGGCUGCAUUGUCCGAGGCGAGGGCAUCCCGUGGCAGGAAAAUUUUUACCUUUGAAGACAAUGUUAGGGCCAAAAUAUGAUGAUCAAGUUGCUGAAGAGCACCGCUUCUAUCCCAGUAUGCUCUCCAACUACUUAAAGAGCCUUAAGGUUAAGAUGGGUUUGCUGAUUGACUUGACAAACACCACUAGGUUCUAUGACAGGAAUGAUAUUGAGCAGGAUGGUGUCAGCUUUGUAAAACUGCAGUGUAAAGGGCAUGGGGAAUGUCCCACAGCUGAGAACACAGAAACGUUCAUUCGUAUAUGUGAAAAUUUUAGUAAUAAGAACCCAACAGAGCUUAUAGGUGUCCACUGUACGCAUGGUUUCAAUCGCACUGGCUUUCUUAUCUGUGCCUUUUUGGUUGAAAAGUUGGAUUGGAGCAUUGAAGCCGCGGUGGCUACUUUUGCCCAAGCCAGGCCACCUGGUAUCUAUAAAGGUGAUUAUUUGAAAGAGCUAUUCCGGCGUUAUGGUGAUGUAGAGGAUGCCCCAGCACCACCUCCAUUGCCAGAGUGGUGCUUUGACGAAGAUAACGAAGAAGAAGAAGAUGACAAUUGCAAACCAGAAACCCAAGAAUCGGAAGCUGGGUCAUCGAGUUCCUUUUCUGGCAAAAGAAAAAAAGAACUCUUGAAGCUGGGCGCAGUAUUCUUGGAAGGAAUCUCAGUUAAACAUGUGACUCAAGUGACGUCUCAGCCAAAGCUUGGAGAAAUACAGCGCAAAUGCCAGCAAUUUGCUGGAUGGAAAGGAACUGGAUUUCCUGGAGCUCAGCCUGUUUCUAUGGAUGAGCAGAAUAUUAAAUUUUUAGAGCAGAAGCCAUACAAAGUAAGCUGGAAAGCAGAUGGAACACGGUAUAUGAUGAUGAUUGAUGGCAAAGAUGAAGUCUAUAUGAUUGACAGAGAUAACUCAGUAUUUCAUGUCUCUAAUCUGGAAUUUCCGUUUCGUAAAGAUCUGCGUGUACAUUUAGAGAACACUCUGCUGGAUGGGGAGAUGAUCAUCGACAAGGUGAACGGGCAGAUUGUUCCUCGGUAUUUGAUUUAUGACAUAAUUAAGUUCAAUGGACAACCAGUUGGCGAAUGUGAUUUCAAUAUUCGUCUGUCAUGUAUAGAAAAAGAGAUUAUACUCCCACGACAUGACAAAAUGAAGACUGGCCAAAUUGACAAAGCACAAGAGCCUUUCAGUGUUCGAAACAAACCAUUUUUUGACAUCUAUGCAGCAAAAAAGCUUCUUGAAGGAAACUUUGCUAGAGAAGUCAGUCAUGAAGUGGAUGGACUAAUUUUUCAGCCUACAGGAAAAUACAAGCCUGGACGAUGUGAUGACAUUUUGAAAUGGAAGCCACCCAGUCUGAAUUCGGUGGAUUUUCGGCUAAAAAUAACAAGAGUUGGUGGAGAAGGGCUUGUGCCACAGAAUGUUGGACUACUUUAUGUUGGAAGUUUUGAUAGACCUUUUGCACAAAUUAAGGUAACAAAAGACUUGAAACAAUAUGAUAAUAAGAUUAUAGAAUGCAAGUUUGAGAACAACAGCUGGGUCUUCAUGAGGCAAAGGAUAGACAAAAGCUUCCCAAAUGCUUACAGCACUGCUAUGGCUGUGUGUAACAGCAUACGACACCCAGUGACAAAGGAAAUCCUCUUUGAGUUCAUUGAGAAGUGUACAACGGCACCUGCAGGACAGGCUCAGAAACACGCCCUGGAUCCAGACACCGAACUCAUGCCCCCGCCUCCUCCUAAAAGACCACGACCGUAA